AUGCCGUUCGUCUUACCUUUUUUUUUUGUUGAAGACUUGGAGGUCAGCUAAGCAAGAAAAAGAAAUCGAGAAAAAAGUGAACUGUACGUGAGGAAGUGAGAGGUGGCAGGUUUUUGUGUUUAGCGGCACCCGCCAAAGACGCUGGAAAUUUUGCCGAGAAGUGACGCUUGGCUUUUGAAUUAUGUUCCGGGUUGAUCACAAGUUGAUCGAAAUUUUGAAAAAGGCUUUGAUCGAUUGAAUAGAAAAAAUAAAUUGAGAAGAGGCACAUCUAAUAACGUUUUUUUGCUCUGAAUAUUUCUAAAAAAAUUCUAUUCUGAAAAAAUUUCCUCAGGAGUUAAAUUUCUUCGAAUGGAAUCAUCGCGCCAGUUUACUUAACUCUUCAUAAUCGAACGGAAGUAUUCAGACAGAGGAAAAAAACUAUUUUUUUCAAAGAAAUAAUAAAAAAAUAGCUCCAAUUUUUUUAAAAAUUUUCAAAGCGAAAACUCUUUAUUUAGUAACGGAGCUGGCAGAAGCGGCGCCUUCCUCGCUCUGGACGCGAAUCUCGAACUGAUGAAGAAGACGGGCCAACUGGACGUCUUCGAGUACGCCAAGACGUUGGUCAACGCCAGGCCACAUCUCAUCGACGCCGUCGACCAGUACAUGUUCAUCUACGACGUCUUGGCCGAAGUAUUCACAGACAACGAUUCGAAAUCAGAACUAUAUGAAUUUCAGGCGGUUAUGUGUAAUGUACAGCCGAUCGAAAUGCACCAGUUGAAAGAUCGGAGCAGCAUGUACAAAGCGAAGAAGAAUAGGGAACUGUUGGAUGCUCAGGACAAUCAUGAGAACAAGGUUUGCCCUUUCAAAAGAAGGAUUCAUCAAGAUUUGAGUAAAGUUGUGGAUCUAGAAAUUUGAAUGUGAAAUAUUUCACCAGAAUAUGUUUUUAUUUGUAGGAGAGCAGCGCUGAAAAUGCAUAAUUCCUUUAAAACUUAUGAUAGCCGUCAGAGCAUGUAAAAGAUAACUCAAUUUUGGAGAGUUUGUAUUAAUUUUGAAUUUUGCGGAAAUAGCUUUGAACACGGCAUACAAUUCUAUAAAAAUUCUUACUACGGCGAAAAUCGAAUAAAUAAAGUUUUAACUGACAUUUUUCCUUCUAAAUUUUUGGCCUGAUUCUGAACACGAAUUUUACUUGAAAGAUGCAAAAUAGCAGCUUCUGCGAGAUUUUGUACCGUCUCACAGCCCAUUUUCCAUUCCGAAUUAACAUUAUCGGACAGGGCCGCCCAUCUUUUUCCAAGCUUCUCAGCUUGUGCGAAAACGGGAAACUUGAGGUAGUGAUGCAAAUCGCUCGGGACGACCAACUGAGAUUCAAAUAAAAAAAAAUUGCGGUUCGAAUCGGUUUGGAAUUUUUUUUUGUCUGCGUUGUUGCUAAAUGGCAGAUUUUUUCAAAAUUGUGGUCGGACUCUACUAAAAGCUCAAAAAAAAAUACAGUUAAGUCUAAAAAAAAAUUGAGUUCAGAAAGAUUUACAGGGAUCUCGAAAGAUUUAUCCUUUCUCUGACAAAAAAACUAUGAAAUGAAAAAAAUAUUUUCUUGAAGUUUUUCGUUUUUGGCCUCCACUCAUUGUUUUCGCGAAGAUUUAUCAAAUUGACUGCCUCGGCGAUCUUGAUUUCACAUCUCAUGCUUUUUUGCCCGCCAAAAUUUUGCCGGAUUUAAUGUGAGAAACAAUUUUCAUCUGGCUUUCAAUUGAGUUGAAGUGGACAAGUUCCGAUGUUAACUUCCAAGCUCGUACAAUUUCCUCAAAAAGUGAAGAUGUUUUAAAAUUUUUCUCAAAGUUUGUGUUCUUUGGAUAAAGCUUAAAGCUGUAAAAUUUCAGUCCACACAAAUUUUUAUAAAAAUCAGCCAAAUUAAUGAAAGAAGUAUAGUUUUUGCUUUGAUCGUUUUUUCUAAGUGAAAAAAAGAAGAGAGAUUUCAUGCUUCAGAGUAAAUGGGGAUUGUCGUGAAAAUAAAUAAGGUUAGCGGCAAUAACUCAUUCGAGAGAGGUGUAUAAAGCUUUGAGAAGAGAGGAGAAAGGAUGCCUCGAAGGUGUUUGUUGGGGGCGGCCGAAUAAAGGACGAACGGACCGCGAUAAUGACGCCAGAUACUGUCCUUCUUCACGCAUUUUUGAAAGGAAAGAUCUCGCUGCAGGAUAACCAAAUGGACUUUCCCUCGGCGGAUAUAAACACUUUUUGUCUAUUAAAAGGGAGAGUGCCGCCGAUGUUUUUGUUGCCUUAGUGAAAAACCGCAUUUUAAGCUUAGAAAUAAGCGUAAUAAAAAGAGGGUUGAAACGUUAGAAUUUUGCCUAAUCCGCUUAUUUUCGAAUAAUUCUCACUGACUUUCCUUUCUACUAAAAACUGAUUGAAGUUCAAGGGCGAAAGAAAGAAAAGUUAAGCUUGAAAGAAUAAAUUUAAAAAAAAAGAAUGAAACUAGAAAAGAGACAUUUCAGCUAGAGGGAUUUUGCCAUUUUUUUUUUGCAAGAAGCUUUAAUGAUCAGCUUUCGACCCAAAAAAAAAAAUACAAUCAAAGUUAGAAGUAUAGAUGAAAAAAAUAAAGAUUGUUGACUGUGGACUCGCCGCUGAAACAGAGAAUUAAUAAAAAAUAUACUCAUGAGUUGAUGUUCAACUUGAGUUUACUCUGUUGAAAAUGGUCGUCGAUGACGAUGACGCUUUUUAACCACCUAUGCUUCGGGGUUGGAAUAACAGCCAUGAAAGGUUUUAUUGACCGGCUUCUUGAUAGUGCAAGCCUGUCAAACUGCCCUUUUUAUGUCCUCCAGAAGUUCAGUCCAUGAUCAUUUACUAGCAAGCCAAAACUAUCAUUUAUCAGGUCUCUUUCUGAUGUCUAUAGACUAUGGAGUAUCAAAAAAUCCGGAUAGAAAGUUAUGAUUAUACUCUAAAAUUUGGAGCUUAUUUAGCUAGACCGCUCUUAGUGAAUUAGACGAUCUUGAAGUAAACAUGUUUUCAUUUUUGAGAAAACAUUAUUUUUGGUUUUUUUUUUAACAAUUGAUCUUCAUUUAAGGUUUGAGCUUACUCCUUUUUUGACUUUUUGCACAGCAAAGUGUUAGUGCGCUGUGUAAGUACCAAAAUAAUGAUUAUUACUCAGUUUUUUCAAAUAAUAAAACUUGAAAAAAGGAAAAUUAAAAAGAUGAACCUUUAACGAUCAGCUGGAUGUUGCUAAGGGCCAAAAGUGUCGGAAGAAAACUACCGGCCAAGCGCUUUUAAUUGUCCUUCUGCCUCUUGUCCGAAAAUGACGAACUAGGCCGAUAUCGGCCGUUAAAAAAGACCGCUAACUGCCUUUCCCUUUUCAAACAAAUGUUUUUGUUUCUUCAAGAUCCUAUUUCAGGCUUUCAACGGCUAUGAAACUUUCUUUUUCAGUUGUUAAUGCACCUGACUCCUUCAUUACGAAUCGGCGACUGUGCUGGAGGCCAUCGGUUGGAAAAUCGAGGCAAAAAUCGCGACGUUAUGGUUGUGCCUCGUGAGUUUUUAAGCUUUUUCUUUAUCAAAAAAAUAAAAUUUCACCUCCUUUUUGGUGUGUACCGAACUCUCGUAAUUUUUUAGCUGGUUCCUGGAGAUUUUAGAGUUUUUUGUAUGUUCAUUUUUAGUUAACUAGACUACUUAUCUCAAAAAAAAACCUUGCAGCUGACCACGCCAGACCGUACCUACAGACGUUGCACGGCGAGAGCAAAGACUACACCUACAUCAACGCUGUCGAAGUGAGCCGCGACGCGACCGCAAACGCGUAAGGAAAGUGUUCAGGUGGACGGAUUUACUCGGAAAGCGGAGUUCAUCGCGACCGAAUGGCCCAAGCAGAGUACGGUAGACUCUUUCUGGACGCUGGUCUACGAUCAUUCCUGUCACACAAUUGUCAACCUCAGCAAUCAAGGAAAUCCCAGGGUUUGGCUUUUCCUGAGCUCAAUCAUAUUUGGCGCUCGCUUUUUUUCAAAAGCGUGCUUAAACUUGCUUGAAACAGGUUUUAAAAGUAAAAAAAGAUUCGAAUAAGUAUUGUAAAAUUGGAAAAAAACGCAUUUGAAAGAGUUGUUUUUACUGAGAAGGCAAAAGUAUGGAUCAGGAUCCCGGCGCUUCCCCCAUAGAGCCUGAGUAAUCGUGAAAAUCUUCAAAGGCUGCAAAAACGCUAGAACUCUGAACUCAUUUGGAAUUUUGGCCUUUCAGCAGUACCCGACGUUCAUUCACAACAAAGGCAAGGCCAACUACGGGCCAUUCAUCGUCGAGGUUCUAAACUACCACCAGUACCCUGCGAUGACUUCUCACAUGGUCAAAGUUAUGAAACGGGUAUGUUUUCCGUUUUGGAACCCUUAGACAUGCUCAAAUCAAGUUCAUCUUGAAAUAUCGAUUAUUCUUUCAUCGUUCCAUUAUCUUUUCUCUCUCAUUUUUCAAUUGUCAAGAAGCCAUUAUCUGGCUGUUGUUCAUAUUGGCGUAUAGGGAGACCCGCCAAACGGCUCGCGAGGUCGAAGCCCAGGGAAAUUCCCAACGCUCGAAGGUGUUCCUGGAUACAACCCAGCGAGGACGGACAUUGCUCCCGGCCAGUCUUUCCGGUUCAAGCCGCAGUACCGUGGAAAGUUCCGCGAGCGCGGCUAUCGCCAACCUCUCCUCGACGACGACGACGACACCUUGUACGACGAGGACGACUUCAGUCUUCUGUCAGAUGAGGAGGAGUCGCGGCUUCUGAAACCGCCGUCUGGACCUGCCAGGUCCAGCUCCACCAGCAAUUUCCUCACUGUUCCGAAGCCUCGGUCCCGUCGCAGUCGCUCCGCCGAGAACAUCUCCAACGACCCUUAUCGAGAGGUGAGGCACCGUCAGAGUGCCUCAGAGUGACUUCCUUCGUUUCAAAGUUUUCCAUUCCCCAGUCUGCAACGAAGAAAGUUUGGACAGUAAGGAUAUAUACUGUAAUUUUCAUUCACGAAAGUUUGCUCUGUUGGAAAGUUUCUGCGGCUUGUUUUGUCUCAGAAGAUUGAUGAUUAGCGCAUGAGCAGAAGAUUAGUUCGUUAGAGCGCUCUUGUAAUAAUCGACAAGCUCUCGUGAAUGGAGUAUGACUUUCCUCAAAGUACGGUCAGGAAUUUUUCCUUCUUUUUUUCUCGUCUUUUUGGUUUUUAUUUUUUCAUAUGUUUGCAAUCAACUAAUAAUAACACGCGUAAUAUUUUUUCAAAGUUUUAAUUUUCGUUAGUUAGUCUGGAAGAAAUUCACUGGUUAGUUCAAGAAAUUCCAAAAAUUAUAAAAGUGUGGAAAAAUCGAAAAAAAUGUUUGUACUUUGGUGAAAGUUGAUGUCCUUACUGUCCGCAUUUUCGUGGUUGCUUUGCCCAUCCGUCAGUCUCUCCUACCGUGGUCACCUCUGUUAGAGAUGAGGAUUGUUGCAGAAUGUUCAUCCAGAUGUCAUUUUCUCUUCGUUUCUCUCCAAUCAAAUCCAUCAAAAAGCUUUCCAUCGCAUAUCUUUCUGAUAUCAUUUUGAUAGUUGGAGCUCAUUCCAUCGAGCCAAUUGUGAAUUUUGCAGCCCCACCAGGUUCCACCAUUGAAAGCUGACCCUCUGGGUAAGGGGGUUUCGAAGCUUGUGAGUUGCGUAGAAAAGCGUGUCUCAAACCAUUCUUCAUGUGCAUUUCUUCCGUAGCGCAGCUGGCGUUAUCUUUCGAGUUUCCUUUUUUUUGACAUGCAAAGAAAUAGUUUUUUUUAUACAUAGAUAACGCCAGCGCUUUCUUGUUUUUUUUUUUUCAUUACUACUCUUUUUGAAUAUUUUUUCUUUGUUGCGCUGAAGGCAGCGAUGCGGUUAAACAAUGUUUAUGGAGAUGGUGCGUGGAAAAUCAUAGUUCUUGGAAGAUUAGUCUUCAACAACAACAAAAAAAGUCAGCUUGCAAAAAUCUCGUGAGGGACCAACUCUUCGUGUUGUUAACGGUCUCGAAGAAAUUUUUGCGAGCUCAUCAAUCCUUUAAGUGCUCUCUAGCGAAAUACUUCACUUGAGUUUUACGUCAUUUGUCGAUUCUUUUUUCUAGAUGGAAGGUCUUACAUUUUCUGAAGACAGUUUCAGCUUGAAAAUGCUUUUCUCACUGCUGAAGCUCACUUCAAGGAUUGAAAAACAGUUGUGCCUAAACUAUGAAGAUUUUUCCACGAACCGCCCAGCUUUUCUUAUUUGCUUUUCUUCUAUGAAACUAUUUUGGAACGCGGUAGACACCUGGUGGGGAAUCCGUUAAUCUCAUCUGCUUGUCAUAUCUCUCUUCGAGUUCGUCGUUGUUUUUGUGUUGUCCAUGUGAAUCGUCCGUGUCUUUGCAGAAAGGAGCCGCAGACAUCAAAAGAUUGCUCAAUAUUCGAAGGGAAAAGGCCGACCUCCAGAAGGAAACGACCAAACAAAUUCAAAAGCUGGUAGCCUACCGUCUUUCUUUUUUGCAUGGUAUUUUCUUGUAAAGCUGGAUGAUUAUCUACUUCAACCUUUUUUUACCUUUUUCGAAAAAAGGCCCGCUUGGCAUUUGUCUAACGUCGUUGUGAUGUCGUUGUCCAACCGUCAAUAACUUCUGAAAUCAGAUUUCCCUCCCAAAUCUUCUUCUCCAUUUCUUCAUCCGUUUCCUAGCGGCUGUUUAUUUUGAUAACUUUUUUCAAUCCGCAUCCUUUUUGGCUCGAAAUAACAAAUGCGUAGGAUUCCUCUAUCGAUCCCAGCUUGUAUUACUAGAAGAACGAUCUAAUAUUGAUUCAACCUGCCCUCAUUAAUUGCAACAAAAAGAGUGAUUGAUAGCAAAGAAGGAGAUUAUUUUUGAUCAUGGCUCUUUUCCAGACGUUCAUGAUCUCGGACAUCAUGGCUAGCGGUCAGAACAACCAGCAAAUCGACGCCGAAGUCCGCAUCUGCUGUGUCAUUCAAGUCUGUUAUCUUAGAGAGUUAAGAGGAAGAUUGAGAAUUCAAGGUUCGCAUGUGGCCGAUUGAAAACAAGGUCCCUCUGUCGACGACUGGUCUGAUUGAUGUGAUCAAAAUGGCAAGGAGCUGGCGGAAAAGAGCGCCGGAUCGGCCUGAGACCAAGCCGACCAUCGUCAUGUCACAGUCAGUUUCAAUCAUGCUCAAUUCUUUUUGCAGUUUUUUUUUCCAAUUCUUAUUCUUUUAGCAACUAGUACAAAUAGUAUCGUCAUGAUUAGCUCAGUGAGUAAGAAACGUUGGAUUAGGAUUUUUAACAUUUCAGACACUUUGGAAGAGCAUUUUUCGAAGUAUUAAAAUGAAGGUUUUAUUUGAUUUAUUUAGUAAACUUUCUAGCAGAUCUCAAUUUGUUGUUGAUAAGUCUAUUUCUUUCGCUUUAUCGAUAGUUAGAGGUUAUGAAAAAAUCUUGUUACAGUAACGGAGUGUCGCGAGUCGGUGUUUAUAUUGGCGCCAACAUCUGUAUCGACCAAAUGGACGUUGACCACGAGGUCGACAUUUUCCACGCCGUCAAAAUGAUGCGUAUCAACCGGCCGCAGCUCAUCGACAUGAAGGUUUGACGGAAAAUACCGGGUUGUUCCAACAAUCAUUUCACCGAGAAAAUUGUCUAGGACGAGUACAAGUACCUAUACGACGUGAUGUUGCACUGGUACAUGACGAAUCCGGAGUAUCGGAUCUACGACAAGGACGACAGCGAGGACAACGAGUCGACCGGAAAGACCUCGCGGCCUCCGUCCAACAGACAUUCCCUCAAGGAGAAAGACAAGUCCUCCUUCAAGGUCUCGUGUUCAUCCUGAUCCCUUAAAACAAUAACGAUCUUCAGAAUCGUUUUUCUUUCCGUCGUCGCGACACCGUCAAACAUCCAGAACACAACAACGUCAAUCAUAGCUGA